AUGGCAGCGAUCCUAGUAACCGGUGCCACCGGCAAGCAAGGCAGCGCGCUCAUCAAAAAUCUGGUCGCCAAAAAUGCACCCUAUGAGAUCCUCGCCGUGACGCGAAACUCCAAUUCUGGAAUCGCUCACCAACUGCUCCAACAUUCAUCCAAGAUUAAACUCGUCGAGGGCAAUCUGGACAACCCCGCGGGAAUUUUUGAUAAUGCGCACAAAGCCACCAAGUCCCCGAUUUGGGGCGUUUACAGUGUCCAGGUACGCUCACAUACUUCUCAUUUAGUGGUGACCGCAGUCGUGCUAACCAUACCUCAGGUGGCCAUCGGCAACGGCUCCCAGGAAGAACCCCAAGGCAAAGCCCUCGUCGACGAAGCCCUGAAGCAAAACGUCAAGUUCUUCGUGUACAGCUCGGUCGACCGCGGCGGCGAGGCCUCCUCCACCACGCCGACCAAGAUCCCCCACUUCCAGCACAAACACAACAUCGAGCGGUACCUAGUCGAAAAGUCCAAAAACACCGAGAUGAAGUGGUUCAUCCUGCGCCCGACGGCGUUCUUCGAGAACCUGGUGCCGGGCUUCUUCGGCAAGGUCUUUGCCACCAGCUUCAAGAUGGCGCUCAAGGGCAAGCCGCUGCAGAUGGUGGCCACCAGCGAUAUCGGCUACUUUGGCGCCGAGGGCUUCCUGCACCCGGAGGCCUGGGAGGGCAAGGCGCUCUCCCUGGCGGGCGAUGAGAUCACCUACGACCAGAUGGUCGAGAUCUUCCAGCGAAAGACGGGGCAGCCUAUCCCGUCAACCUUCCGGAUUCUGUGCUCCAUGUUCAUGGCGUCGAUGAAGGAUAUGGGGUAUAUGUUCAAGUGGUUCCACGAUGAGGGGUACAAGGCGGAUAUCCCUGAAUUGCGGCGGAUGCACCCGGAGCUGAAGGAUUUUGGGACGUGGUUGGAGACGGAGAGUGAGUUUGAGACGAAAAAGUGAGGAACACCGGGAGGUUCUUUUUGGGAAUUCUAUUUGAAGACAAAUGUAAAUUAGCAAAUUGUUGUAUACUCUUAUUGUAAUAAUUUUAUGGUAAU